UCUAAAUAUAACAUCGUUUUUAAAUCACCUACUAUGAUUAACUAAAACACAGGUAUAAGUAAAUUUAAAUCAUUCUAGAAUCAUCAAAAUGGGAUUGGGUACCUGCUACUCAAACACUAGAGAUUACAAUUAAUUCGAAUAAAGUAUAAAUAGAAACCACUCCUUCAAUUGUUUUGACUCAUCCUGAAGGAGAUGUAAAAAUAAAUGUAAAACUUUAUAUAGGCUUAUCCUGAACCAUAUGUUACUUUGGUUAUUGAUACUGAGAAACAAUUAAAAUAUUCUGAAGAAUUAGGAUGGAAUUGGCAUAAGAGCUGGAAUUUACCAAAUAUUGUAGUUAGAUUAGAAGUAAAGACAUUUUCAUAUAAAUAGAUCAAAGAUUCACAAACAUAAGAACUUUUACUUUCUCCUAAAAAUUUAUUUGCUUAAUUAUAUGCUGUUAAGAAAGUUUAAGAUGGCAGUCGAGUAAUACUUUAAGAUGUUGGUCUAAGAGGAACAAGUAAAUUAGAACUAAUUGAUGGUCAAGCAUAUUUUUCAGUAAAUUAAUUUGCAAAAUCUUAUUGUAGGCAUUGAGAUUUGCUUCAACCUCUUAUAACAAUGAAGGUGUUAAAUUUCAUUUAUUAAUGAGUGUAUACAUCCAAAAUUCUGAUACUGAAAAGCCUCAAAUUUUGAAUUCAACUAUUUCCCCUCCUAUUUUUGUAGAUAGUAGAAAGAGUGCUGGCAAUUCUGAAUAAAAAAAAGUAUAUGUACAUGCAGAACCAUUUACUUUUGAUUUGUUAGAUAAAAAAUAUUUUAAAAGAGAAAAUAAAAGAAAGACUGAACAAGAUGUAGAAAUAGAAAAUGAUUUUGAAAGUCUUUUCAAUUAUUUAACUGCUCCUAACAUACGUCAUAAGGUGAAACAUCCUUUAUUUUUAAUAAUAAAAUUUUCUUCCUGUGUAUCUCUUUAUUAUAAUCCUGUAACAGUGGAAGGAAAUAUUAAAAUAAUAAUGGAAAAACUAUAAAGUUAAUUAACUAAAGAUAUAAUAACUAAAUAAUUGAGUACAUCUGGUGAAAAAUAAUUUUAUUUAUUAAUAGAGGAAAAUAAUGAUUAAAAUAAAAACAAAAAGGUAACAGAAGCAAUUGAUUUUCUUAAUACUGGAUGUCUGGAAAUUGUAAGGAAAGAAGAUUAAAUACCUUCUAAAUUUGUAAAAUUAGGAGAUUCUACAGAAAUCUUAGAGAAUUAUAAAUAAUGCUUUGAUUAAUUAUUAAAGAUCUUUAAAUAAUUAACUUAGAAAUUCUGUGAAAGUGAUUCAAAUGAAUCAGAUGAUAAUUAUUCUGAUUCAGAUGCACCAUAACCUCCAUAACCUUAAUAACCUCCAUAACCUACAUAAAUUCCCUAACCUGUUUAACCUUCAUCUCCAUUUAAGAAAGUCAAACUAAAUCCUGAAUAUCCUCAAAUACCAUCUGAAGUUAAAAAUCCAAUUGAAUAACAUUCUAUUAAUGAAAUUAUUGCCUAAUAAGCAAUCAAUUAAUAAUAAUAAUAAUUAUAAUUAUAAUAAUAAUUAUAAUAACAACAAUAAUAAACAUAAUAAUAAUAAUAAUAAUAAUCGAAGCCUAUUUAAUUAUAACCAUAACCACCAAAAAUAUAAUAACCUCCAAUUAUAAAUAAAACAAAUCCUUCUUAAAUACUAAAUCCAAAUUAAUUAAAUAUAGAAUCUAAUAAGAAAUAACCAAUAUAAUAUUCAUCAUUUACAACCCCUUAACCACCCUAAUAACAACAACAAUAACAACCAUAACAAACAGCGAUUUAAGAUUAAUCCUAUAAUAGAAAACCUUAACACAUUCCAGGGGUUCAACCAAUUAAUUUACCUGCCUCCUAAGGAUUGUAAGGAGCACCUUCACAUAUUAAUCAUGGAUAUCCGUAUCAAUUUUAACCUCUUGAAUAAUCUGGCUUAUCUUAAGCUUUUCAAUAAUAUCAGUUUUAAUAAUUGCUUUUAUUAUAAUAGUAAUAAUAAUUAAAUUAAUAACCCUUUCCUCCUUAACCAGGUAUGAUGGGUAAUCCAAUGUAAUCUUAAUUGCUAAAUUAUAUGUCAAGCUUGGGUGCAUUAGGAUUAAAUCAAGGAUAAAUUAAUCCUCAAAAUUUAUUAGGAUAAAAUUAGAACUUUUAAUAGUUAUAACAAUAAUUAUUGGCUUAGUAACUGUCUUCUUAAUUGGGACUUUAAUCUCAAUUACCAUAAUAAUUAGGAGCUGGAAUGGGAUUAAAUCCAUUGUAGCAACAGCAAUAUCUAUAGUAACAAUUACAACAAUAAAUGGGAUUAGGAGGUUUUCCUAAUUUUAAUCAAUUGAUGGGUCUUUAUUAAGGAUAAUAACAUAAUUUAAAGAAACCUGGAGAAGGAUCAGGAGUAAUAAAAUAAGAGCCAUAAUGA